GAAAUCUCUAAUUUGAUUCGAACACCUCAAAAGGAAAAGAUCUAAGAAAUGGCAUCCUACCUUAUCACCGGGACUUCGCGAGGCAUUGGCUUGACCCUGACCACUAUCUUGGCGUCGAAGCCUGCCUCGGAAGUUUCUACGAUCUACGCUGCUGCGCGCACCGAGACAGAGGAGCUCAAGCAGCUCGUGUCCAAGUCCGAGGGGCGCGUACAGAUCGUCAGUAUCGACGUGACGUCGAAAGAGAGCACGCUCAAGGCAGCCAGCCAGGUGGCGCAGAGCCUCGGCGACAAAGGCCUAGAUGUGUUGAUCAACAACGUCGGCAUCAUGAACUACACUCCGUCGGGGAUUCAGGAUAUGGAUGACCUCGAAUCCACAUUCACGACAAACGUAACAAGCACGCACCUCGUCACCAGCGCCUUCCUCCCUCUGCUGCAGAAAGGAACCCUCAAGAAGGUCCUCAACGUAUCCACCACACUCGGCUCGAUCGCCAUGGCCCCGACAUACAGCCUGUUCCCGGUCCCGGCGUACAAAGUGUCCAAGGCAGCGCAGAACAUGUUGACGGUGCAGUAUGCGCAGUCGUUUGCUGACCAAGGAUUUACCUUCGUGACUGUCUCGCCUGGAUGGGUGAAGACCGAGCUGGGUGGAUCCGGAGCGGACCUGACGACGGAUCAGAGCGCCAGGGGGCUUCUGGAGGUGCUGUUCCGAGUGACGAAGGAGGAUAACGGCAAGUUCUUUAACAUUCGGGUUGAUGGGUGGGAGGAGGCCGAGGGAUUGAACCGGUAUGACGGGGCGGAGGCGCCGUGGUAG